GAAAAGAAAAAUUUAUAACGGAAAUCCUUUUUGUUGACAAGUGACGGCUGGAGCUGAGUUCCACCAAUAGGAGUUCAGCUUGAGGAUCCGGUAGGGUAUAUAUUGGGACUAUAGUGAGUUUAACAUCAUUCGAUAUUUUUUAAAUUUCUGAAACUCAUUCGAAAAUGACUGGUCGCGGCAAAGGAGGAAAAGGACUCGGCAAGGGAGGCGCCAAACGUCAUCGCAAAGUUUUGCGUGACAACAUCCAGGGAAUCACCAAGCCGGCCAUCCGUCGUCUUGCCCGUCGUGGUGGUGUCAAGCGAAUCUCUGGUCUCAUCUACGAGGAGACCCGCGGUGUGUUGAAGGUGUUCCUUGAGAACGUGAUUCGUGACGCCGUCACCUACACUGAACACGCCAAGAGGAAGACGGUGACGGCCAUGGAUGUCGUCUACGCAUUGAAACGCCAGGGCCGCACUCUGUACGGUUUCGGCGGUUAAAUCUUUUCUAGCUAU